AGCGCCCUGACAAAAGACACGAACUCAGAUAGAUCUCAUCAUGUGAUACACCGAGUCAGUUAAGUUGGAACUUGAAAAAGCCCUAGAUUGUGAAACCAACCAAUCCUGAACGCUCACCACAAACGCUGCCGUUUACUUCAAUUUUCUCUCUAAAAACUUGAGCGUCUUCUUUCUCCGACUCUACGCGUCGCGUCUGCUGCAAGCUUUCCGAUGUAUUCUUCCUCCUCCAGGACUUCCAUCAACUCCGGUCUUAUGGAUUCUGAUACUUGCACGGAUGAAAUGGGGAAAAGCCAAGAUUUAUCCCUAAAGUCCACAAAAGGUUUGGAUGAAGCUCGUGAUGAGGAAGCUAAAAAGGCAAAAGUUGAGACAUCUCUUGGGCCUAUCACUCCUGAUGCAAACAAAGAAAAUGGGGAUUUUUUCUUGGAUCUUUGUUCUCCGCUCACUACGGUGACAAAAAUGCCUAAAGUACUAAUCUUUGAUUCUAAAACCAACGGAAAUCAGGAUCAACUCCCCUACAUUGACAGUUCUAGCAGCCCCAAAACACCCAAGGACGUUGUUUUUGACCCAUUUGCUCCCGGUCCAGAUGACAAAGUCUUGGCUCCCCUAUCGAAGAAAUACUCUGAUGAGGCAAGGAUCAGUGUUGCACGAAGACUUAACUUUGGAUCUUCCCCUAAAGGUCUGGACCAUACAAGUCCUGGUGAUGGGGUGGAGUCCAUUUCAGAUGAAGAGAUGUUCAAAUCUGUAUAUGAAAAUCUCUUGGAAGUUAUUGUUUCUGAGCAAACAGAGAGUGCUCUUGCUGAACUAUCAAAUAUGGAAUGGGAUUAUGAUGCUUGCAGGACACCUCCCUCAGCUCGUCGACUAAAUGGAGUUGCUGAAACUUGCCCUGGUGCUCCUUUGAAACCAACUGCUAAACCAAGGCUUACUGAUUUGGGAUUAUGCAGAAAACUUGAAUUCUGACGACAUUAGACCUUAACUAUGAUCACACUACACUGCCAACUAAUUUUGCAAGUGUGCAUUCUGUAUUAGUUAAAGCACUAAUUUUUGUGCCUCACAACUUUAACUCGUGUUGCUUAGAGAUCUAAUUUAGACGGGGGAAAUUGCUGUCUGACUGAGAUUACAGUGUAGUAGUAGCAUUGUAUAGGAAUUUAUUGAUGCUUUAUUUAUUUCCGUGAAAUUAUCAAGUGUUUCUUUUCUUAGAAAAAGCAGCAAGUGUUUUUCUUUCUUUAUGUGCAUGUUGUGUAAUCAUUAUGUUGGCCUGUACCAUUCGUGAAUAUGAAGUCUUCCAUUCUCUGUCUUGUGGCA